AAAAAAAAAAAGAAAGAAAAAGUCUGGAAAAGACGAUCGGCGUUGGAGGAAGACAAGAGCCAAGCAAAGUAGUUGGUUCUGUCUUAUCACCCCUCACCGAAUCAUAUCCAUUACCUUUAUUCUCUUCCAUUUUUUCACCAAACCAAUUCGCGCCGCCAUUAGAAUAAGCUUCCCCCCCCCCUAAUCGCUAUCGUCGUCCACACCUAAACCCCACUUUUCUCCGCAUCUCCUUCUUCAUACAUCCUCGUCAUUUCUCUGAGAUCCUCUAAACCCAUUUUUUUCCAGAUUUUGCAAAAAAAAAAAAAAGAUUUUACUUUGAUUUCAUCCACGAACAGAGAGAGAGAGACAUGUCUUCGAUCAAUCUAUCGUCUUCCUCUCCUUCCACCAUCUCUCUCUCCCGCUCAAGACUUAGCCAAAGCUCUACUCCUACUACAUUGCUCCACCGUAUUACUAUACCAUCUCACCAUCCAUCACCAUUCUCCAUUAAAACCACUUCAAAAGUCAAAGCUUCAGUCAUCUCCAGAGAAGACGAUCUCCUCUCUUCUUACACCAACGGUUCACUCAUUAACGAAGACUCCUCAGCUCCUCCACCACCCAACGGUUUCGUUGCUGAAGACGAUGACUACGAGCUGGAUCUACCAACACCUGGCUUCUCCUCAAUCCCUGAAGCCAUCGAAGACAUACGCCAAGGAAAGCUUGUGGUGGUUGUGGAUGACGAAGACAGAGAAAACGAAGGCGACUUAGUCAUGGCUGCUCAGCUAGCUACACCUGAAGCUAUGGCUUUCAUCGUCAAACACGGAACUGGGAUCGUCUGUGUCAGCAUGAAAGACGAUGAUCUCCAGAGGUUGAACCUUCCUCUCAUGGUGAAUCACAAGGAGAACGAAGAGAAGCUCUGCACUGCAUUCACAGUCACUGUGGAUGCAAAACAUGGUACAACGACAGGAGUAUCAGCUCGCGACAGGGCGACAACGAUACUCUCCCUCGCAUCAAGAGACUCAAACCCUGAAGACUUCAACCGUCCAGGACACAUCUUCCCGCUCAAGUACCGAGAAGGAGGGGUUUUGAAAAGAGCUGGACACACCGAAGCAUCUCUUGAUCUCACCGUGUUGGCUGGACUAGAUCCUGUUGGAGUACUCUGUGAGAUUGUUGAUGAUGAUGGCUCCAUGGCUAGAUUACCAAAGCUCCGUGAGUUUGCAGCUGAGAAUAGCCUCAGGAUCGUUUCCAUUGCAGAUUUGAUCAGGUAUCGAAGGAAGAGAGAUAAGCUAGUGGAACGUUCUUCUGCAGCUCGGAUCCCAACAAUGUGGGGACCUUUCACAGCUUAUUGCUACAAGUCUAUACUAGACGGCAUUGAGCACAUUGCAAUGGUUAAGGGAGAGAUCGGUGACGGUCAAGACAUUCUUGUGAGGGUUCAUUCUGAAUGUCUCACGGGGGACAUAUUUGGAUCAGCGAGGUGUGACUGCGGGAACCAGCUAGCUCUUGCUAUGCAGCAGAUUGAGUCUGCUGGUCGUGGUGUGUUGGUUUACCUACGUGGACAUGAAGGAAGAGGGAUUGGUUUAGGACAUAAGCUUCGAGCUUAUAAUCUUCAAGAUGCUGGUAGGGAUACGGUCGAAGCUAAUGAGGAACUAGGACUUCCGGUUGACUCUAGAGAGUAUGGAAUUGGUGCACAGAUACUAAGGGAUUUGGGAGUGAGGACGAUGAAGCUGAUGACGAAUAAUCCGGCUAAGUAUGUUGGUUUGAAGGGAUAUGGUUUAGCUAUUGUGGGGAGAGUGCCUCUGUUGAGUCUUAUCACAAAGGAGAAUAAGAGAUAUUUGGAGACAAAGAGGACAAAGAUGGGUCACAUGUAUGGGUUGAAGUUCAAUGGUGAUGGUGUUGUGGAGAAGAUUGAUGAUUCUGCAACCACUGAAAGCUGAAGAACCAGGAUGAACCGAAUCAAACCAAACUAGACCGGGGAAGAAAUAUAGAUGAUACUUCAUGAAAGCACCAGAAAAGAGACAUAUGACAUAGAAAGAGCAAGCAAGAAAAUACUUUUGAUCUAUUGCUUUAUGUUAUAAUUUAAUCUUGAUCUGAUUUUUCUUUUUUUCUUUUUACAAUUCUUGUGUUACAAAGUUUUCAACAUUGUUAUUUGUUGUAUACUCAACAUUGUUGCUAGUUAUGUAUUCUUGGUUGAGUAGUUUCA